CUCGGCUUAUCAAUUCGUCUCCAAAAGUUCCAAAUAAAUUCACUCUGAUCUCCACUAGUCUCUCUACUGUGUACUAAUCACCAAUAACAAAUCAAAGAAACAGCGCCAUGGAUGUGGAAAGGGUGUUCAGGAGUGUGUACAACCUUAACAAAGAUGAUGACAUCGUGACGCACAUCAAGAUCGCCAUGUCCGACAAUCUGAAGAAGAGCCGCUGCAGAAUCGUCAAGUUAUUGUUCGCCGACAACCCCUUUCCCUCCUCCACCGACGACUCUGAUGAAGAGGAAGAUCAAGAUUUGGGUGGCCUGAUAAAAGAUUCCCCUCCCAAGAAGGAUGAAAAACAACAAAAAGGGUUCAAGAAAGCUGUUGAAGAAGACUCUCAUCGUUGCUUAGUGGCGGCGGCGGCAAAGAGGAUGCUCUGUGGCAGCCAGAAAGAAGGUGCAGAAAAGAAAGCCAAAUCUCCUCCUCCCUGCUGCGGUGGUGUCCAGCAACGGCUACAGGCAAAGAGGAAGCUCUGUGGCGGCCAGAAAGAAGGUGUAGAAAAGAAAGCCAAAUCUCCUCCUCCCAGCUGCGCUGGUGUCCAGCAAAGGCUACAGGCAAAGUUGAAGAAGAGAAAGCCCAAUCCAAGAUUUAUUAUUUGCUAGAUAAUAACUGAUGUGCAGACAGAGUAAUUGAAGUGCGAGAUGACUCUACUGGGGAGAUAACACACAAAGUGGACACGCCAGCAGACUGCCGGAGAAGAUGCAGAGAAAAAUUUCACCGCAGCGGCGACCACCUGCGUGGCAGGAUUACUAAACUCUGGAAUUUGUU